AUGCGCUUCUCAACGUCAAUAUCUUGCCUACUGGCAUAUUCAGCAUCCUACGCGCUCGCCUUCGACUCCACAAACUCCACCAGCGAGGACCCGUCACCCGCACAAGACGUCGAACCGCGACAAGUCACAGGCGUAAACCUCGGCCUCGUCCAAAACCCCCUCCAAGUACCGCCCGUCACCACAAUCUUCCUCCCAACAUCCUCCGGCCUGUCAGCGACCUGGCUACCCAACAUCUACACCCAGACGUUCCCGCCCGUGCCCGAACAAUGGCCCUCACCGGUCGCCGGCGAAAUCGGAUAUGGCACGUUGACGAAAGGGAAGCGAGCGGCGCAAAUCACGCCGCCGCCGACGGUGCUUGAAACGGGGAUUGCGGGGCGGAUUCGGCAGUGA